GUUUCGGUAAAUGGAAAUUUCUUUUUGAGCUAUUCCAUGCUCCAAAGAAAAAACUGUGAGCGCUGUACAACAGACGAUAAAAAUGUCACGUUUUUUCCGAGCUGGUUCCGACAGUGAAAGUGAAUCUGAAUCAAGUGAUGAUGGAAUUCAAGAAUCUCGCCCCAUUGCCCAAACUAGGGCUAUGCAGUUUAGUGAUGAUGAAGAAGAAACCAAACGUGUUGUGCGUAGUGAAAAAGACAAAAGAUUUGAAGAGAUUCUGACCAUUAUCAAGCAGUUAAAGAACCAUAAAAAAAUUAAGGAUUUUGCCAACGUUUUGACAGAUUUUGAAAGUUUGACUAAAGCUUUUGAAAAGGCUAGAAAAGUUGUUGACAAGGAGGGAGUGCCUAGAUUCUACAUCAAGACCUUGGUUGAGUUGGAAGAUUUCAUUAAUGAGUGCUGGGAAGACAAAGAAUGGCGCAAGACAAUUAGUAAAAACAAUUCAAAAGGUUUAUCUACAGUGAGACAGAAAAUUAAAAAGUAUAACAGGGAUUUUGAAUCUGAUAUUGGUGGAUAUAAAGCUAACCCAGAUGCUGGUGAUGAAGAAGCAGAAGAAGAAGAUGAUGUCAAAGAAGUUGUUGAUGAUGAGAGUGAAGAAGAAGCCCCAAAACCAGUUGUUAAAAAAACUGAAGAGAAGGCAUCAAAAUUAGCUAAAGCUGUUGCUGAUGAUGAUGACGAUGAUGACAGUGAUUGGGGAUCUGAUGAAAGUGAUGAAAGUUCUUCUUCAGACGAUGAAAUGCCAGCUAUGGGAAAGCUGACUGCAGAAUAUUUCUUGAAAUCAACAACUGAACAAGAAGCACAAAGACGAGAAGAAAGGAAGAGAGAGAAAAGAUUAAAGAAAGAAGAAAAGGAAGGAAAGAGAAAGGAAGAAGAUGAAGAUGAUUGGCAAGAAGUCAACAGGGGUCCCCCAAGUCAAAUUAUUAUGGAAAAACCAAAGAUGUUUGCUAAAGAUCAAGAAAUUACUGUUGAGGCUGUUGUGAAAAAGCUGAAUGAGAUUAUUGCGAUGAGGGGCAAAAAGGGCACAGACCGUUCCGUAAUGAUUGAUAUGUUAAGAGAAUUGAAACAGAUAGCUGAAGCAAACAAUCUUGGGCAACCUAUUUCUGUCAAAAUUUGCUUCAACAUUAUGGCUGCCAUUUAUGACUACAAUCCAAACAUUGCAACAUGCAUGAAGAAUGAGAUGUGGGAAAAUUCAUGUUUGCCUACUAUCAUCGAAUUGCUGAAUGUGCUUGUUGAAAACAGUGACAUCAUCGUUGGUGAAAAUAUUUCUGAAGAAAGCGAACAGUUGGAUAAAGCGCCCUUUCGCAUACGCGGAUGUAUUUUAACCAUGGUUGAGAGACUGGAUGAGGAAUUUACCAAAAUGUUACAGGCCUGUGAUGCUCAUAGUACUGAGUUUGUCGAAAGAUUAAAGGAUGAACAGGCUUUGUGUGACAUUAUUGACAAGCUAGAGAGAUACUUGGAGAAAGCUGGCAAUGCUGAUGAAAUGUGUCGUAUUUAUCUUAGACAUAUUGAGCAUCUUUAUUAUAAGUUUGAUUCUUCUGCGUUUGAUGUGAAACAUGAAAAUCCAGAGAAAACCUCUGAAGCUUUGAUGGAUAAGAUGUGUAAAUUCAUUUACGCCAAGGAUAGUACUGACCGUUUGCGUACACGUUCAAUGCUUUGCCACAUCUAUCACCAUGCACUGCAUGACCGCUGGUAUCAAGCCAGAGAUUUAAUGCUUAUGUCUCAUCUUCAAGACAACAUUCAGCAUUCUGAUGUUUCUACACAGAUUUUGUAUAAUCGUACAUUGGUGCAACUUGGACUCUGUGGAUUCCGUCAAGGCCAUAUCAGAGAUGCUCAUAAUGCAUUAGUAGACAUUCAGAGUAGCAACAGAGCUAAGGAAUUGCUGGCUCAGGGUUUGGUGCCACAAAGGCAGCAUGAGCGCUCUCCAGAGCAGGAGAAGAUUGAGAAGAGACGUCUCUUGCCCUACCAUAAACAUAUAAAUUUAGAGCUGCUGGAAUGUGUUUAUCUUGUCUCUGCCAUGCUUUUGGAAAUCCCCUAUAUGGCAGCUCAUGAGUUGGAUGUUCGCAAGAGAAUGAUCAGUAAAAACUUCCACCAUGUAUUGAAAAUGAGUGAGAGGCAAACACUGACAGGACCGCCAGAGAGCAUGAGGGAACAUGUUGUGGCUGCUAGUAAGGCCAUGAAAAAUGGGGACUGGAAAAAGUGCCGGGAUUUUAUCAUCAAUGAAAAGAUGAAUGCCAAGGUCUGGGAUUUGUUUUUCCAAGCGGAUAAAGUGAGAGACAUGAUCAGUGCCAAGAUUCAAGAAGAGUCUCUUCGCACAUAUCUCUUCCGCUACUCUUCUAUGUAUGACUCUCUCAGUUUGGAUAGUCUAGCUGCCAUGUUCCAGAUUGAAACAACCCUAGCCCAUGCCACUAUAAGCAAGAUGAUCAUUAAUGAAGAGCUUAUGGCUUCCCUUGAUGAACCUACCCAGAUUGUUGUAAUGCAUCGAACUGAGCCCACUCGUCUUCAGUCUUUAGCUCUUCAGCUUUCUGAAAAGGUUGGAUCACUUGUAGAUAACAAUGAAAGAAUAAUGGAGAUCAAGCAAGGCAAUUUCUUCUUCAAUAAAAGCACCCACCAAGUGACCAAGCCUGAUCAAAGAGAUAAUUUCCAAAACCCACACCAGCAUCAGCAACAACAGCAGCAGCAGUGGGGUGGUCGUGGUCGUCAAAACAGAAAUAAUCCACAUCAACAAAGGGCCUACUAGAGUGAUCAUACAUCACCUGUUUUGUUGGAAAACUUGAAAAAUUUGCAGUGACACAUUCAUUGCUAUUGUCAGAAUUCUGCUUGAGAGCCUAAAGCUUUUAACUGAGGUUAACUUAUACAUAAUUUUAAGAAUAUAAAUUACUCUAUUUUAUGGUUUUGUUUUGUUUAACUUUAUGUGGUGUGAAAUGGUUAGUACCUGUACCUAUUUACUUGAUUCAAAAAAUACUUUUGUAUUAAUCAAAGAAUGUUUUUGUUGUCAGCUAAGUAGUUUGUAUUGUGUGUGUAUAAACAGUGCUGUGGUCCCAGCUGUAACUAUGGAUAUAUCUGUGUCAUUUCUAAUAAGAAUUAAGGAAAGUUUAGUUAUAGGAUUGGGAAAACUUGUUUAUGGGAUACAUUGUUGGGGAGGACUUUGUUUUGACAUACUUUCACUAUUUUGGUACAGCUGACAUUGAUUUAAAGCUAGCUUUAUUAACUGAAAUAUUUGGUUACGGUGAUGUCAAGUCUGUAGAAUAAUUUGUCUUUUGAAAAUAAUUGAAUAAAAAAAAUCACAACAGGACAA